ACCAGUGCGAAGCUCAAGUGCACCUCCUACAGCACCUUCUACCUGGACUGGGAGAAAUUAUACGACAGUGUGGACCUCAGCAUACUCGUCAGACGGGGUAUACAAUUGGACUACCCGAGGGUCAACCUGUACAUGAGCAUGUUGAUGUACUUGCCCCCAAGAGUUGUACGGGCAUGCCAAGAUCACGCAGCACCGAUAUGCCCAUGGAGCGGCAUCGUGGCAGGAUGCCCUGCGGCCAACCACGCUGCCCGAGCCAUGAUCUACACCAUACUGGACAUCACCCACAGGUCAGCACCGCUGGCAAUCACACCGGAGUUC